GUCGGCUUUUGUCCACUUUACACGGUGGGUUUUUUGUCCGUACUGUUGAACUCCAGCCAGUACGGGGUUCCGUUUCUGUGGUAUCGCGUUCGCGCACGAUGCCUGCCAGACGCGUUCCCAGAUUUUCGAGUCACCCAGCCCCGCAUGCGCUGUUUUUCCACAGCACUUUUGUGGGAAAGAAGUGACUCGUUCUGCGUUGAGGUUUCCUUUUUCGACCUUAAUCUAAAGCGUUGUUCUGCGUGUGUCGCAUGGCGGUAGAGGGCUCCUGUUGUCCUGAGUCUCGGCCGCUAGUAAGACCUCCCUCAACCUGCUGCCGCGGUCGCUGUCCGGUCGCUGGUGGACUUCUGAGGAAUUGUUGCCUACCCCCUCUCGUCUACUAAGGACAGGUCAUUGUCGUUCGGAUGCACAGUGCGUGUUUCGUCGUUGUGAGCUCGCUUUUCCAGCUUGUCGCGCAUUUCCCUCCGUCGCUUUCCCCCGGCUUUCCACGAGUAUCCGACUUCUCCCGUGGACACCCAUCGUCCAUGCCAUUUUUCGGUCCAGGUCUCUCUGUUCCUGCAUUUCCUUCGUCCGCCACAGACUCUGUGGAGGCUGCGUCCCACGGGUUAAGUUCUGCGGUGAAUCAAUCCUCCUCUGGUGUAUGAGCAGUCGAGGACACCGGGAGGUCCCGCUCGGGAUCGUUGAGUGCGUCGCGACUCCCCGUUUUUUCUGUCCGGAAAGUCGCCAUUCACAAGAGAGACCGUUUCCAGCAGGUCGUUGCAUGCAUCGAAAGACAAAGCUACUAGUGGCCGCGAUAGAAGACUCGACUUUGCCCUGACGCUGGGAGCGUGCAAAGAGCGUCCAGGCCUGGGGAGAAACGUGUGACAUGCUUCAGCAUGACAUCGAACAAGACAAGACUGGAUCCGAGUUCCCGAAGAGACUCAGACAUGCAGCCAAUGGGACAGCCGCUGCGCGAGCGCGCAUGCGACACAGAAGCGUCGAGUUCCAGUGACGAACUGUACAGACGGUCAGACGCUCGGAGCCCGUCGCGAUCGUCUUCACCGUCGUCGGCGUCUCCGACCUCCUCCGAUGUUUCUCUUCGAGUGGAAAGUCGUUCAAAUCUCUCAUUCUCUUCUCACUUGCGCUCGCAGGUCGGCUACCUCCACAUGAGUCUCGAAGAUGCCGUCCGGGCGUACGUCCUGCUUCGACCCCCAGACGACGACAGCAUCUCUCCGCUCUGCGUCUCCUCCCCCCGCAUCUCCUUUGGCUCUUCAGCUUCCGCCCCGCGCGCGUCAUCGUCUCCCAGUGUCUCCGGAUCUCGGUCGAAAGCUCCCCGGUCGCCGUCUCCGCCGCUGAGCCCGGCGGCGGAGAAGCGCCUGCAGGAAGGAGCUGUCACAUCUCUCUCGCUGAAACUCUGCAGCGGCGCGCUGCAUAUUUUGCAGCUGACCAGAGUUCUUCGGCGAUUCAUUGUCGACGCAAGGUCCAGGAGGUCAGAGUCCGGAAUCGCCUCCAAGGCAGGUGCCGCCUCUCCAGUGAGUCGGCCAGACAGGGAGGGAGACGAAUCUGUCUUCAACGCCGCAGACUCUGAGACGUUGUCGACGGCGCAAGGUGCAAACGAUUCGGAGGCGGACUCUGACGACGAGGCAGGUGGCGCCAGUGGACCGAAUGCCUUUGCACGUAAAGCCCAACGGCGAAGACGCGCCGCGCUCCUUCUAGGCGAGGUUCUGCAGCGGACCCCGUCACUUCCCUUGUCUUCGUCCUCGGCGGCCUCGUUGCCUUCGGCUGCAUGCGCAGACCUCAGAGAUCCCGCAAGACAAGCCAGUGGUCGCCACGACGAGAAGGAGAAGGGAAGGAAGAGUCCGGAAGCGAAUGGAGAUGGAGCGUCGUCUCUGGAUCGAAGGGAAGAGCACGCAACUCUGUCUCACCUCGUCUCCUUCUGUCUUGAAAACAUAAACGACUGGUACGUCGUCGAAGGCGCAUGCACCGCGUUGCUUGCGCUUGUUACUCACCACCAAGCGGCGCUGAAGAGCGCGAACGAACCUUCCCAGGGCAACACAGCAUUCGCUGCUUCGGGCGCGGCCCCACACCUUUCGAAUGGAAAUUAUGCACCUGAAGAGUCUCCAGAGGAAGACGCGGAGGAGGGUCCUCUCGGAGGAGAGGCCGCAGAAGUGCCAGAGGCAAACGAACGAGGGAACAGCGGAAGAGACGGAACGGACGGCGUCGAAGGAGCAGGAGAGCGAGGUGAGCAGAAUCUGGUCGAGAAGAUGAUGCGUCGAGUUCUGCUGGACGUGCAUGCGCCGUCGUUCGCGCAGAAUGUGCGGCAGUUGAUUCUGCGACUCAUCUUGGUGCUUUUGAGGGACUUCAAGACAGAAGUCGCUGCCCUGGCAACGCGCAAGAAGAAAGAAGGCGGCGUCGACGUUGUUUCAGCUGUAUGUACACAGUUGGAGGGCGAGAGAGAUCCGCGGUGUCUCUUGCUCCUCUUCGAGAUCGUCGCGGUCCUCGGGUCCACAUAUUCCUCACUCAUGAAACGCACGGACCUGGAAAACGUCGUCGACGCCGCCAUGACGUACUUCCCCAUCUCCUUCAACCCACCAGCCAAUGCACCCAUUCCUAUCACAGAAGAGAUGCUCGUUUCGGCGUUUCACAAGGCCCUCACAUCGUCCCCGCUGUUUUCCUCGUUCGUUCUUCUCUAUCUUAUGGACGCCUUGGCGUCAGCAGCAGACGAAGGUUUUCAGCAGACACUGGAGGACGUAAAACGGACGGCGACGGCUGUCCUCCCUUUCUUCCCUCCUUCUGCCGCCCUCGCGACUCUCGAGCCGCUCCAGGGGUUGAUGCUGCAGUCGUGCUUCGACGCGCCGAGUGUACAUACACCUCAACUGGUUCUUCUCUGGGUCAUCUUCCUCAAGCGGGCUGUACAGGUUGACGACACGUUCGACGAAGACGGUGGAGCUCUACAAGUUGGCGAAGGCACUGCGGAGAAGAAGGGACCCGAAGACGACAGCGAGACGAGUUCCUCUGCUUCUUCUGCUGCUCUUGCCUCCUCGCCGCCUGCAGAGGUUCUGGAGCAAGUUCGACCGCUCCUUGAGGAGCUGUUUGGUCCGCUGGUGGACUUUCAACAGCCCCCUGGAAGCCCUGCGUGCACGGCUGCGUGUCAGUUUCUUCUGCGGUCUGCCGUGGCGUCAGCCUCAGUCUGUCGAGUGUCUCUGGACGCAUGCAUCCUUCCGCUGCUCAAACUCACCCUCGCCUGCUGUCCGUCGGCGUUCUCCUCGCAGGCGACGCGGAAAGGCGGAGGGAAGACACGAAGGACAUCUGUCUCGACAGAAGAGGCACACUCUGCUCCAAACGGGAAAGGCUGGGGCGACUCCGCAGCUUCCUCGGGGGGUUCGCGGUCGAGACCUGGAGGCGAAGAAGAUGAAUCGGGGCGAGUUGGAGAACGAAAUGGAAUUCCGGCGUCCGAGGCAGCUUACCGUUCAGAAGAGAAAGAAACGGAGGAGUUGCUGAGCGCCUGGGAUAGAGCUUUGCCGAGAGUCGUCUCGACUGUACAAAUAGUCGAGCGCUUUCUGACGACUUGCAUUGCCGCUGGUGUCUUGGCGAAUGAAGAUGCCUGUUCCCCCGCGGAAGCUGGCCUCCUUCUUCUUCGUCUCCUCUCGCUCUUCAAGCGAGCUCGCUGUCACCUGGCGCUGCGCAUGCGAACUGACACUUUCUCCCCGCUCUUCCAAGCCAUCGCAGAAGUCGCCGCGCUUCCCCAACAGCUCCCGGAAUUGCGCGAUGUGGCUAUUCGCUUGUUCGCCUCUCUCCUAGGUUUCUCUCCAAGCAACCCGUUUCCUGUCUCCUCUCCUCUCUCUUCUGUUGUCUCCUCUCCUCUCUCCUCUUCUGUUGUCUCCUCUUCUGUGGCGUCUGCUUCCUCGGUGCUGUGUGACUCUGGGGCCGGAGGCGUGCCAGCGCUGGGUGGGGAGAGGGAAGGAAAGGAAGGGCGGAAGGACGAACGCGGAAAGAAAGAAGACGAGGAGCAAGAAGCGAAACAAGACGAAGAGAAGGAAGAGAAUGAAGAGCAAGAAGACGGACAGGAAGGAGAGAAAGAAGAAGAAGAGGAUGCGGUGACAUUUCAGAACUCCUACGUGAAUCUCUUGGAGAUGACACUCCGUCUCGAGGGUCUCUCGGGCCUCUUAACGGAUUCCUCAAGUUUCCUUCUCGGCCUCCUGCGAGCGUUGCAGCAUGUUUUGUUGGCGAGGAGAGAACUGCCGUCUGUUGCGUCUUUUUCAGCGCAUGCACUCGCUGAACAAAUCGCGUUUUGGGAGCGACAGAGCGCGACCGCUGUUUCCAUUCAUCUGCGGCGCAGCGAGAAGGACGGAACAGCCGGUCAGGGAGAUGCACGCGGGUCCCUGGUGUCGUUCGGGUCGAGUGUAUGUACACCUGAGAAUCGCGACACUGAGGGUGGGACACCUGGGGAAGGAGCAGCGAGCGUGCAGGUCCCCGCGGAGGCCAUACUUGAGUUAGUUGAACAGUCUUCGUCUCUCCCCUCUUCUCUUCUGCCGCGCAACUUCGACAAACGAAAUCGACGUACCUCUCCACAGAAUCCAUCGAUUGUCACUUCUCUCGCCGUGUCGCUUUCGCGGAUUCUUUUGGAAUCAGGCACGCUACUUCUUCGCGGCUCUCUCCCCUCCUUGGAAAGCGACGUCCACUUUCUGUCUUCUGGGCCUUGUUGUGGCGGGAGCGAAGCGCGCACAACGGCCAAAUCCCCCGAGACAAGUCGCUCUUCACUUCUCUCUCUUCUUCCUCCAGCUGUCUCCUUGGAAAUGGCUCUCGCCGUCGCUGCUGUUCUCCUUGGCCGGUCGAACUUGACUCCCUUGGCCUUUGCCUCGAUGCGAAUUUCUGAUUCUCCACCUUCUUCGUCUUUUCCUCCCUUCUCCUCUAGACCUUCUACGGCCUGUACGCUUUCCACCUCUUCUCCGUCGUCUCCGUCCCCGUCGGAGCGCCCCUGCGCCUUAGCAGAGACCGGCGAGAGACGCGAGGCGCGUACUGCUGUUUCAUCGGUGUUGCUGGAGAGCGACGAAGGUCUUUCGGGGCGAGCUCUCGCAGAAACAGCAAACCACUCGACAUGUUCUUCUGAACGAUUUGCUCUCGAAGAACUGCAGCGGUCGAUCGCUGCCCUUUUCGUUGCGAGCGCGGCGCAGGCUGCCCAAUCUUCUUCUCUCAGGACCGAGGGGAGAGAAAAGCCUGGAGAAGGCGAAGAAAGGGAGUCGAAGGAGAGAGCUAAGGUCGUGGGUACGCGCGUCUUGAAGACGACGACGGAGUGCCUCACUGCGUGGCUGCGAAUCGCCCAGGUCUGCGCAAACGCGAGGGCAAACGAAGAAAAGGCGGACAGGGCGAGGGGCGGAUUCCAGGCGAACGAUCGGAGUCACGCGUCCGGCGAGUCAGGUGUAUGUACACCCGAGAGAGCUUCUCGGAGCGCGGCUUCUUCAGGUUGUGUGUCGUCUGGAGAAAGGCCGUCGGGUUCGGGCGAAGAAAGUCAAUGUCGCGUUUCGACAUGCGACGCAUUCUCACCUCUCAUCGUAGCACUUCGACAUGCUGUCUGCGUUGCUUCGUCCGACUCAACUGUCGACUCCUCGUCUUUUCUUUGUCACCUUCGCCGUCUAGUUGACCUUCUUCUUCACGCUUUGCCUGCCGCGGAAGCCACGACUCUGGGCGUCUCUCUCCUCUCUCUCGCUGUCGGGCAGGGCGCGACAGACGUACACGGCGAAGGCGAGACGAAAACAGAGACAGACGCAGAAGGAGAAGCAUGCGGGCUUCUUCUCGCUCCUGCUGUCUUGCCUUUCCUCGCGCGGGGCUCGGCCCCCGAGAACGAGAACAACUCACGCAGACAGCCAGAACAGGACGCACCGAGCGAUCUGUCGAUUUUCCUGGAACGGCUUCUAGAUCGCUGUAUUUCCUGGACGGAAGUGGGCAAGUCUCAGGGGUCUGUACACCUUGCUCGAGGCCUCUCGGAGGCGGCCGUGCUUCAAGUUGUCCAAGCAGUCUUGUAUUUCGCGCGCGACACCGGCACGUUGCGGCGCUUGCUGGCCGCUCUGGAUGAACACAAGGUUCUAAAGAGAAAGGCCUGCGACGAAGACGGCACGCAAUCAAAAGACUGCGUCCAAUCGGAGACGAAUUCCUCUCCGUGUUCCGCGCCUGCCGCGCCGUGCGAGCAGGCCGUCCAAGCAACUGUCUGGAGCCGGGCAACGGUGGAGGCUUUGUUUUUGCGUGAGGAAACGCAUGCAGAAGACUUUACCUCUGCGCGAUUGCGGACGCUUCUUCUCCCGGUCUUCGCGCCUCUCGCAGCUGUCUCCGAAGGUCGGCCUGUCUUCCACGUUUUCUCAGAUACAGAGCGGAGCUCUCGCCGCUACGAGGAGCAGGUCGCAGGCGAAGGGAGGACCUGCGUGUCUCCGCCUGCGCCGCAUCUGCGCGACAGUGGCUUCUCUGCAGCGUCUGGAACUCAGGUGUCUCCGAAUCACCCUCGCGUGUCUCCACGCGAAGCGUUGCCGGCGCUAUGGCUCGCGCUCGCGUCCUCGCGAGCUGUCGCGCGACUCCUGGCGGACCCUGUGACGCUCACGACAGAGCUGCUGAUUCAAGAGGGCGACUGCUUUCAGGGGGAGGAACAGAUGCAGCGACUAGCCGACCAUCGAGCCAGAGGGACAGACCAGCGCGGGGGGACAGACGGCGGCGGACAGGGCAAAAAGGAAAGGAGAACGAGUAGAAAAGAAGAUAAAGAAGUUCUUCCCGGCUUGCUGCCCCUGCUGCCUUGUUCCCCGCCGUCGUUUGAUGGCGACAACUGGCGAAGCGGAGACGCGAGGCACACGGUGGGGAGACACUUGAGAGACAGCGACGAGAGAACGUUUCUCCACUUCCGUCUCUCCGAUCGGUCACGCAAACGCGUCGCGCGAAGCGUCCUCGUUGCUGCCAGCUCGGGUGUAUGUACUCUCCGUGGACAGCUCGCCGCGCGGGGCCCCGAGGCGCUUGUUUCGCGUUUCGCCUCCUCGGUGUCACUUUUUCAGGCGCUCUGUCCGCAGGUCCCUGGAGCCAAAGGAGCGCGGGACGCUCCUUCUCUCUCUGCCUUUCAGAUCCGUCUGGCAGCUCUCCCUGGCGUCGCCAGCCUCGCGCGCGCAGCAACCUGUCUGCCUGUCGAGGAGGUUCUCCUCCACGGAAUCGACGACGCAUGCAGUCGCCAACUUUCUUCCGGUUCGACCGUUCCUCCUCUCGGUGCAUGCGACCCGCAACCGCAACGCGGCCUCCUCGCGACGCUGGUUCUGUGGGCAGUCUCUCUGUACUUCUCUGACAAGACUGAGAGUUCUCGGCCAGCUCUCCAUCCGCUCACGCGCAGCCUUCUGCGCGUCGCAGCCAACGCGAGGACGAAGGGCGCGAGCUGUCCUUCUGGAGGACAGAAGCGAACUGUGUGCGAAACAGGGGGGGAGACAGACCAGCGCGGGAGAGGGCAAGCCGAGACACAGAGCGCAUGCAAGACAGAGAAAAAAGACAGAAGCAACGCGGUGCUUUUUGUGUCGGGACACCCCAGCUCUCUCUGCUGCGAGGCGGAGACGUCGACGGCGUCGCCUUCGGGUGUCUGUACACCCGGUUUUCGUCUUUUCGCGGGUUUCCUCUCAGCUGUGGAAGAGGCCGAAGACACCUUGCUCGCGUCCACGCUUCUUCUGAUUCUCUCGGCGCAACGGCGAAAACGCGUUCUGCGUGAGCUCGCGUCUCAGCGUGCAGUUCUCGCUUCGUCUCCACUUGGCGCCAGUGAAGAGACAACCACAGACUCACAGAUUUAUCAGUCUUCCAAUGGCGCUUCACGACAAAGAGCACCUACGGAACUGCAUGUGACUCCAGCGACAAGAAACCUGCAGGAAGCCCCCGUGUCUCGCAGUGCGAACGGAGAAGAGAGGGAAGGAACUCUGGAAAAGAGGGAACAGGAAGAAGCAGACAGAGGAGGGGAGAAGAACGCGAGAAACGGAGAGAUUGUGGAGGGGAGGGCGGACGUCACAGGCAGCUCACAUGCACUCGAAGAAAUGGAACUCCAGUUUCUCGACGGCUUCAUUCAUCUGAUUCUUCCUUUUCUCCUCGCCGUUGCACAGCAAGGAGGUCGAGAAGAAGUGGAGAGGAAACGAAGGAGGAAGAGAGAGAGAGGGCUUCUGUACAAUCCGAGUUCUAAGGGAGGCUUUGCUUCUCCUGUUCUCCGUCUCUUCGCACUCCAGGCAGCCAUCAACUAUGCAGACCGACCCAUGGGCGUCGUUGCCAAAAUGCAGAAAGAGGUCCUUGCAGGCGUUUCCCCUGCCCUGGACGAUCCAGUUCGUGUCAUCAGGAGAGCAGCCGCAGUGUGCAAGAAUCGGUGGUCCGUCUUCGAGUGACGAAGCGACGAGGACAAAGAGAAAGGAACGUGAAGGAACCGAGAGAGGCUGAGACGGCAAAGGGUCGGACAGGGCUUCUGCGGUGCACUGUUGGGUCUCGCGUAGGAUUUGAUCGAUAUCCGGGGGGCCGGUCGGCGGUCGCUUUCAGCCUUCGUAUCCCCCCAGCAUUGCUGCGCCUCUGAAAAGCAUGUACAGCAUGUACACUACCCUCUGGAAAGCAUCCACUCUCUCUACUCUUUCCAGUCCGGUCGCGACCCCCUUUCCGAGGCGUGUCUAUGCCGCGAGGAGACGUUUUGUUUUUAUGUCAGAGUGCAUGCAGAGUGUGCAUCUGCAUAUAUCUGCAUGUACAUGCGAGUGUGUACCGAGGUAUGGCCUCUUCGUCCUUUGACAAGCGGGGUCGGAGUGUCUUCGAGGUGCAGACUGCGUCAGGGUGGAGACUGUAUGCGAGUCUGCACAAGCAGCGCUUGCUUGUUCAGGGUCUCAGUUUGGCUUCCCGUCCGCUGUAUGUACACUUGCAGGGUUGCUAGACCUGUUUAAGUGCUAGUAGAAGGUGUGCGUACCUUUUAUUAAACAGUGUAUCAAAGACAAGAUGACAUGUCAUGCAAAGACUCGUUUGAUGUUACGUCGGAUAGGUAGUGUCCUCAAAAAAACUCUUCCUUUUGAAAUCCACAAGUUCCGG